AAAUACAUCAGACGCAAGAGGGUCUCUCACCUGAAACGUGCUGUAGAGCAUUUUCAGUUGGUUCUGGACCAGUGUCCGGUCAGCCAUCCAGAUCAUGCCAUAGCUCUUACCAACCUCGCAUGCGCCCGCCUUAUGGGCUACAUCCGGAAUGAUGUUCAAGACAUCGAUGCCACCACUUCCCUCUUACGCGACGCCCUUGCAUUGCGUCCGCAGCCCCAUCCCGAUCAUCCCUUGUCUCUAUAUAAUCUUGCCGAAGCGCUGACUUGGCGCCACUACAAGACAAGGACUGCUGCCGAUAUGCACGAAGCCGCCCAACUCUAUCUCGUCCUCCUUCGGAGAGUCGUCAUCGACCUCUUUUCUCUGGGCCAUCGACUCCGUCCGAGAGUCCUCAACAAGCUUGCACAAGUACUUCGAACACGCUUUUAUCGGUACGGCAGCAUCGAUAAUCUUGACAUGAGCAUACGACGUGGUCGUGGAGCCGUGUCUCUGUGCCCCGAGGGACAUGCUGACCGUGAUGCCUGCCUGCACAGCUUGGCCUUCUCACUCAAGUUGCGCUUUGAUCACCAAGGCAAACCUAAUGACCUCGAUGAGGCCAUCACUUUGCACGAAGAGGCGCUGCGUCUGCGCCCUGUUGGGCACAAAUAUCAUGAUUGCUCAUUGAGCAGCCUAGGGCUCGCCCUCGUCGCCCGUUUCAACGAACGCGGCGACAUUGAUGACAUCACCCGAGCCAUCAGCCUCCAUCGCGAGGCACUGACGUUGCGCCCACCUGGGCAUUCACGUCGUGACAUCACGCUUAACACCCUUGCCGUCGCGCUCAAAACCAGAUAUGACAAAUUGCAUGUUAGUGAGGAUCUCAACGAGGCCAUUGAUUUGUAUCGCGAAUCCCUUCGGUUAAAGCAGCUUGACCAUCCAGGGCGCCCCACAACUCUUUCAGGUUUGAGCUCGGUGCUCUGCUCUCGUUUCACGCAAACUCAGAAGAAGGAAGAUGUCGAGGAGGCCAUUACCCUUUGCCAACAAUCAUUGGCGGCUCUACUUGCAUCAGGGCACCCCACUCAAGGAUUCCCGCAACGCAUUAUGACAACAUACAAUUGGACCAUUGACGCGGAGCAGCUUGGUGAUGUGUCCGCAUUAGAGGCAUACAGCACGUGUUUUGACCUUCUUGAUGGUCAUUUGGCAACGCGAUCAUCGACAAUUUCACGACGCGAAGCUGCCGCUGCCUUCCAUUACGUGAGAUCCCUGCCCGUAGAUGCAGCCCCAUGUGCUAUACGUCAUGUCAAUCUACGGCGGGCAGUCGAGCUCGUGGAGCAGGGCCGUGGCCAGCAGUGGUCGCUGGCAUCUCGACUCAGGACUCCAGUCGAAAACCUCGAGUCAACAAAUCCGAAACUGGCGUGCAAUUAUUUGGAGCUGAGCAAGCGCGUUUCCAAUGCAGCCCAAAGUUCUGCAACCAUCACCGACAGAGCUGCUGCCGAUCGGGAAGCAGUAGAGUAUAGGAGACUUACAAGGCAAUGGGAAGCAGCUGUAGCUAGGAUACGUGGUCUUCUGGCGUUUUCGCGGUUUCUGCUUCCACCUUUGUAUGAAGAUUUGCAAGCGGCAGCGCGCCAAGGCCCAGUCAUCAUCCUCAUUGCGAGUCGAUACUCAUGCAGCGCCAUCAUCGUCCCGACGUCAGGAGACCCCCACCAUGUUCCUUUGCCGUCCAUCGCUCUCACAGAUCUGAAGAUUCUCAAGGAUCGCUUCACCAGGGCAAUACGAGAUUCAUCUCGGAUGAACCCAGGGGAGCUGAGGACGGAUCUAAUAGUGCUUUUGCGGAUAAUAUGGGGCCAUAUCAUGCUGCCCAUCGUCGACGUACUCGAGCACAUCCUCAAACUACAGCGCCGCUCUCGAAUCUGGCUGUGUCCCACUGCAGCUUUCACGUCCAUUCCUCUCCAUGCAGCUCACCCAUUUCAAACAAAGGCGGAUCGUUCUGGGAAGGAGCCAUGCCUCGAGGAUAUCUACAUUUGCUCUUACACGCCGACACUUUCGGCUCUGAUCAGAUCUAGACAGUUGAUGAAGAAGCGUGUGCCUCCGUCCUUUGUAGCGAUCGGACAGGGUCAACCGGGUGCAGGGAAAGGCAAGGCGCUGUUGGCCGUCGACAGCGAGCUCGAGCUUGUCCAUCAGCUCGUCCCUGCGACGGCCAACCGCACCACUAUUUCUGGCGACGAAGCCACACGAGCAGGUGCACUGUCAGCUUUGCAGCAGAACACCUGGGUGCACCUCGCUUGUCAUGGUAAGCAGGACCCCACGCAGCCUUACGAUUCGCAUUUCGUCAUGAGAGACGAACAUCUGACGCUGCUCGAUAUUAUGGAGAGACAUAUUCCGCACGCUGAGUUCGCGUUCUUAUCGGCCUGUCAUACUGCUGUAGGCGAUGAGGAGACGCCCGAUGAAGUGAUCCACCUCGCAGCUGGUAUUCAAUUUUCAGGGUUCAAGAGUGUCGUUGGCACUCUGUGGGAGGUCGACGACUCUGUCGCAAAACAUGUCGUCGAAGCUUUUUACGGGUAUAUGUUUGGAGAUUUGAAGAAUGGUGGCGUCAUGGACUGCACGAGGGCAGCCUGGGCACUGAACUGUGCUACGCACGCGGUGAAGACGAAAGUGCCGCUCGAGCAGAGGAUGGUUUUUGUUCAUAUUGGUGUGUAGUUCUACCCCGUAUUGCUGUCGUCUGGUACAUAUUCACAUAUUGUUUAUCUGCUAUCCUCUUUCAUUAUGUUGUACAAAUGACCCUGAUAUAUACCUAUUCUUGCGCUCUAGCUAUCUUGUUUUCAUAU